AAAGUUAGUUGGUCUAUUUCCGUUUCUAGAGUGAUUAACGGGAGCUCAGAUUUGCGCAGAGGAAAGCUUGAUAGUUUGGAAGUCUAGGGUUCGCAAAAUCCUUCGUUGCCCGAGUCCGCAAAAAUCCUUCCGCCGAAGCCGCCCGAGUAUCAUUCCUUCCCUGUUGGUGUCUCUGGAUGCGGUGUUGGUGGCCUGAUCUGGCUGCGGAUGGAGUUCAGGUAUGUGUUAGUAUAUAUGUCCUAGCGACAAUCACUUUUUAGAGAUAUAUGUACUUGAUCACAUUCAGUUUUAUAUAUUUGAUAUAUACGGUAUUACACAUCGAUGAUUAAGUAUUUCGAUUGUCAAUAUCUUAUUCAUAAUUGUGUUCCCUUGGACUUAUGUUGUCAAUAAGUGUUGGGUGUGUUUCGGAAAAUAAAGAAAAUUAAUUAAAAUAAAUUAAUUAAAUAAAAUGACUAAAGAAAAACAGGAAAGGAGAUGAAGCAGAAUUAGUCAAAGCUCGUGCUACGCACGAUUUCCUUAAAACGUAUUUGUUGCCUCCCACGGUGCUAGGAGCGUUGCAACAAUCGUUUCCCAGGAUACGAUGACUACGAACUAAUGUUUGAGCACACAAACAAGAGUUCCAGCGAACGAGAACCAAGUAUGAACACAGAAGGAAGUUUGCUGAGUAGCUUUAGGUGUUUUUAGCUCAAGAAAUUCGUGAGGAAUGUAUUGUGCGUUGUGUUUGUUGCAAAGCACCUGCCAGCUAUUUAUAGGAGGAUUUGUUGUGUGUUAAAUGGGGUGUUAAUGGACCUGAACGUUGGACUUCAAUGACCAGUCCGUUGGGCAUUGAAUCAUCCAUAAACUGUCCAUUUAACGUUGCAUUAAAAGACAAGAAUGUUGGGCAUUUAAUGGUUGUAACGGCUUGGAGCAGUUCUGGUGCGCGAUCAGAAUACCCCCAUCAGAGUUGGAGCAGUUCUGGUGCGCGAUCACAAUACCUCCACCAGAGUUGGAGCAGUUCUGAUGCUACCAGAAGACCUCCACCAGAGUUGGAGCAACUCUGAUCCGAAGCCACCAGAGUUCGAGCAACUCUGAUCCUGGAAAAAAAUAAAACGUUACGGGAAGAAAUAAAAAUUAGACCGUAUCUUUGAAUGAUAGGUUUUCGGACGACAUUCGUGUCUGCAGGUCGCCCUCGCACACGAGUCGCGGUUUUUCAUCUCCGUUUCGGGAUUUGAUCCCCCCUGCGCGUAAGAGAGAGCCUUUCCCUUUAGGAAUCUUAACUCCUUAAAAGAGGCUUCCCUUUAUAAGGGGGUGAAAAUCCCUUGAGUUUUUCGGUGUGGGAUAAAACACACUAGAAACUCACCAUUUUCCCAGUUUUUCCAUUUCAACGAGUGAACUUCGAGAAUCAAUUUCUCAUUCACCCGUUAUCCGUUUUGAGUGUACCAUAUAUCGAAUUGUAGCCCUUAACAAGGACAAUCCGAAACCACUUUGACCCGACCCAAAUCGGAAGUGGACCCCACUCAAAUAAUUGCCCCAAAAGGACCAUUUAAUGCAAUUUUAACACAUUUUUCCAACAAUCCCCCACAUGAAUGAAAAUUGAUUUUCGAGACUUAAAAAGACACGAAGAUAGGAGGACACGUUGUGUUCAUCGGAUGAUCCUUGCAUACGGAGAGGUAGGUUUUAUCCUUUGAACCUUCCGUUUUAAAGACACGUUUAUUUACUGGCUGUCUAGUAGACUCGAUGUCCUUGAACUAUACUGCCGUCGUGUAAACAUUGACUUAUCUUUACACAAGAACCUUCCAACUUUGUUCCGUUCUCAUGGGUGUGCCCGUUUUGGCCAUGGGUCACCGUCCUGGUUCUGCAAGAGUUUCUAAAGAACUGAGCUUUUACAGUUCUCCUUUGAAGCGGCCCUCUUCUCUCUCACAUAGGUGAUUCUUUCACGAGUAUCCCGCAUACUCUUCCAAUGUUAUCGAGUAGAUCAACAUUUUAGAAUCAUUAAAGCAAACGUUUUUGCUAACCUCGUGCGGGAGUCACUGUUUUAACGAGGAGUGGGUAGGAGUCCGGGACCCCCACAGUGACCAUCCUUCGCUCUAUAAUUUAGUUGUCCCUUUUGAACCUAGGACCAACUAGGUUGGGUAUCCACUAUAGAACUUUUCAAUUCACGGGCUUUAGUCCCAUUCCUCGUGACAACUUCUCCAACAAUUCUCUAUCCAAUGCCUUGGUUAGCGGAUCCGCUAUGUUAUCCUUUGACUUCACGUAGUCAACAGUGAUAACACCCGUUGUGAGGAGUUGUUUAAUGGUGUUAUGUCUACGACGAACGUGUCUAGACUUACCAUUGUACAUAUUGCUCUGUACCCUUCCAAUUGCCGCUUGACAAUCCCAAUGUAUGCAUAUUGGAGGGACAGGCUUCUCCCAACUUGGAAUAUCCUCGAGAAAAUGGCGUAGCCAUUCAGCCUCUUCAGUGCACUUAUCCAAGGCUAUUAGCUCAGACUCCAUCGUGGAUCUAGCUAUUAACGUUUGUUUUGAGGAUUUCCAUGAUACGGCUGCACCUCCCAAAGUGAAAACAUAUCCACUUGUGGACUUAGAGUCCUUUAUGUCGGAUAUCCAACUAGCGUCGCUAUACCCUUCAAGUACAGCUGGAUAUCUUCCAUAGUGCAGUCCAAGGUUUUGGGUUUUACGUAAAUACCUCAGAACCCUUACUAUUGCCUUCCAGUGUUCAGCACCGGGGUUGCUAGUAUAUCUACUCAACUUGCUAACCACAAAGGCAAUAUCAGGCCUGGUACAACUCAUUAGAUACAUCAAGCUUCCAAUAGUCCUAGCGUAUUCUACUUGAGAAAUACACUCUCCACGAUUUUUGGUAAGUUGUACGUUUUUAUCUAAUGGAGUCCUUGCCUCUUGAUAAUCAUCCUUAUUAAAUUUCGUAAGGAUUUUAUCAACGUAAUGGGAUUGGCUUAGCGUAAGACCGUCAGGUCCUCUAAUUAUUUUAAUCCCAAGGAUUAAAUCGGCCAGCCCCAUAUCCUUCAUGUCAAAUUUAGAAUUUAACAUGUUUUUGGUAGAAUUAAUCAUUAGAUUAUUGCUACCCACGAUGAGUAUAUCAUCCAUGUAUAAACAUAAAAUGACAUAGCCGUCUACCGUGCUCUUCACAUAGACGCAUUUGUCACUUUCGUUUAUUUUAAACCCAUUAAUUAACAUUGCAUGAUCGAACUUUUCGUGCCACUGUUUAGGGGCUUGUUUCAAUCCAUACAAUGAUUUAAUUAAUUUACACACUUUCCUUUCUUGGCCUGGAACACGAAAGCCCUCGGGCUGUUCCAUAUAGAUUUCUUCGUCUAUAUCGCCAUUUAGAAAAGCGGUUUUUACGUCAAUUUGAUGAACUUCCAAUUUCCGCAAUGCGGCAAUUGCUAGUAUCAUCCUAAUGGAAUUUAUUCUCGUCACAGGAGAAUACGUGUCAAAGUAAUCAUGGCCCUCACGUUGCUUGUAUCCUUUGAUUACAAGUCUGGCCUUGUACUUAUCGAUGGAACCGUCAGGUUUCAUUUUCCGUUUAAAAAUCUACUUGGAUCCCAAAGGUUUAUUUCCCGGAGGAAGAUCAACCAAUUCCCAUGUGUGAUUUUUGAGGAUAGAAUCCACCUCACUUUUGAUGGCUUCUUUCCACAUAGGACCUUCAGUAGACGUCACGGCUUCCGUAUAAGUCCGUGGCUCAUUUUCUACCAAACAUGUUAGAAAAUCCGGUUCAUUUUCUACCAUACAUGUUAGAAUAUCCGAUUCAACUUCUACCAGGUAGGUGAGAAAAUCCGGUCCGAAGGAUUUUUCAAUUCUAGCACGUUUGCUACGUCUGGGUUCGGGUUCUUCUCCGGAUCCCUCGCUAGUAUUUUCCAUAGCUACGUCAAAUGUUCGUUUUGACGUGCUUGGUCCUUCGUUGGACUUGCAUGGAAAUACGUCUUCAAAGAAUGAAGCAUUCCUUGAUUCAAUUAUUGUGUUUUUAUGUACAUCCGGAUUAUUCGAAUCGUACACUAAAAACCGAUAUGCACUACUAUUUUGUGCAUAUCCAAUAAAAAUACAAUCCACCGUUUUUGGACCUAUUUUUAUUUUCUUAGGUGUUGGUACAAGCACCUUAGCAAGACACCCCCACACUUUUAAAUAUUGAUAGGAAGGCCGUCUGCCUUUCCACAACUCGUACGGAGUUUUAUCAUUUUUUUUUCGGGGAACCUUAUUUAAAAGGUAAUUGCUUGUCAAGAUUGCUUCGCCCCACAUAUUUUGUGGCAAGCCCGAACUUACUAGCAUCGCAUUCAUCAUAUCUUUCAAUGUGCGAUUCUUUCGUUCGGCAACACCGUUUGAUUGAGGUGAAUAGGGUGCGGUACGUUCGUGUACUAUACCCACACUAGCGCAAAAGUCACCAAUUGGUGCUUCAUACUCACCACCUCGAUCACUCCUAACCGUCUUAAUCCUUCGAUUAAGUUGGUUUUCCACUUCAUUCUUAUAAAGAAUGAAUUUAUCGAUUGCUUCGUGUUUAUUUUUUAAUAAAUAAACGCAGCUAUAGCGAGUGCUAUCAUCGAUAAAGGUAAUAAAGUAUUUAUUACCGCCGCGUGUUUGUAUUGAUUUAAAAUCACAAACGUCACUAUGAAUUAAUUCAAGUGGUUCCGUUUUUCUUUCAACCGAUUUGAAAGACGUUUUCGUUAGUUUUGCCUCUACACAAACUUCACAUUUGUGCUUCACAUCAAUUGUGAAUUUAGGAAUGUGCUCCAUGUUAAUUAAUCUACGUAUAGAAUUAAAAUUAACAUGUCCUAGUCUACCAUGUCACACAUUGGAAGACUCAAGCAAGUAAGCAGAAGGGAUUUUAUUAUUAUUAUUAAUAAUAGUCAUUACAUUGAGCUUAAACAGCCCAUCACAUGUAUACCCCUUUCCCACAUACAUUCCCGAUUUAGACAAAACUAAUUUGUCCGACUCAAAAACCAUGCGGAAGCCAUGCUUGUUCAACAACGAACCGGAAAUCAGGUUUUUGCGUAUCUCCGGAACGAACAGCACUUGGUUUAGAGUCAGCUCCUUGCCCGAAGUCAUCUUCAGGACCACUUUGCCCACGCCUUCAACCGCAGAAUGAGCUGAGUUUUCCAUCCACACCUUCUCACUAUUUGAUGGCUCAAAAGUAGUGAAUAACUCCCGGUUUGAGCAAAUGUGCCGGGUUGCACCGGUGUCCACAAACCACUCCUUGGGAUUGGAUCCAACGAGGUUGACUUCCGUAACCACAGCCGCUAGGAUGAUGUCUUCAUCCUUUUGCCCACCUUGCACCAAGUUGACUUGAGAGUCUUUCUUCUUCCGUGGUGCCUUGCAAUCCGAGGACUUGUGUCCAUUUUUAUUGCAAUUGAAGCAUUUUCCGUUGAACUUUGUCUUGGAAACGCCUCCCUUGGGACCGAGCUUGCUCUUCCCAUUAUUUUUAUUUUUGGAGCCUUUAGCAUGCUCCACCACGUUGGCCUUGGCGCCAUGAGCAAUUGGGAGUUUCCCAUCGUUCUUCCGGUUAUCCUCUUCAAUCCGCAGACGGAGGAUCAAUUGCUCCAAGUUCAUUUCCUUUCGCUUGUGCUUAAGGUAGUUCUUGAAAUCCUUCCAAGCCGGCGGCAAUAAAUGGAUAAUUGACGCCACUUGGAAAGACUCACUAACUGUCAUUCCUUCAUCUCGAAUUUCGUUGAAGAUCAUUUGCAUCUCCUCAACUUGACUUAAGACCGUCUUCGAACCCACCAUUUUAAAGUCAAGGAAUCGACCAACAACAAAUUUCUUUGCGCCGGCAUCCUCGCUUUUAUAUUUGUGGUCCAAAGCAUUCCAUAGCUCCUUAGCCGUAGCUAAUUUGCUAUAAACGUCGUACAAAGCAUCAUGCAGCCCGUUCAACACAUAGUAUCGGCAAAGGAAGUCAGAAUGCUUCCAAGCUUCAACCGCGUUGAAAGAUUGCGCAUCCACCUCACCCCCGGUUCCUACCGGCGCAUCUUCGGUCAAGAAUCUAGCAAGACCGAGAGUAGUGAGAUAGAAUAGCAUCUUUUGCUGCCACCUCUUGAAGUUUAACCCAUUGAAUUUCUCGGGUUUCUCCACAGAGUUGCUUGGCACAGUCACCAUAGGGAUAGCCCUUUGGUUGGCCAAAGUAGAUGCACCGCGUUGUGAACCAUUGUUCACCGGUGCUCCACUUUCAGAGUGAUUGUCGUUCAGAACAUUCUGCCCAACACCAAUCUCGUUUUCUUGAGAAGUCAUUUUCGUUCUUUAACGUUUUUCCGAAAACACAAAAAAAAUAAGUUCGUUCACCAAAGUGACAAACUACGUUUAAGAUUGUAUCCGUAUGAUACAAGCUCAAGAAAUACGUUUUAAGAUUGUUGGGUGUGUUUCAGAAAAUAAAGAAAAUUAAUUAAAAUAAAUUAAUUAAAUAAAAUGACUAAGGAAAAACAGGAAAGGAGAUGAAGCAGAAUUAGUCAAAGCUCGUGCUACGCACGAUUUCCUUUAAACGUAUUUGUUGCCUCCCACGGUGCUAGGAGCAUUGCAACAAUCGUUUCCCAGGAUACGAUGACUACGAACUAAUGUUUGAGCACACAAACAAGAGUUCCAGCGAACGAGAACCAAGUAUGAACACAGAAGGAAGUUUGCUGAAUAGCUUUAGGUGUUUUUAGCUCAAGAAAUUCGUGAGGAAUGUAUUGUGCGUUGUGUUUGUUGCAAAGCACCUGCCAGCUAUUUAUAGGAGGAUUUGUUGUGUGUUAAAUGGGGUGUUAAUGGACCUGAACGUUGGACUUCAAUGACCAGUCCGUUGGGCAUUGAAUCAUCCAUAAACUGUCCAUUUAACGUUGCAUUAAAAGACAAGAACGUUGGACAUUUAAUGGUUGUAACGGCUUGGAGCAGUUCUGGUGCGCGAUCAGAAUACCCCCAUCAGAGUUGGAGCAGUUCUGGUGCGCGAUCACAAUACCUCCACCAGAGUUGGAGCAGUUCUGAUGCUACCAGAAGACCUCCACCAGAGUUGGAGCAACUCUGAUCCGAAGCCACCAGAGUUCGAGCAACUCUGAUCCUGGAAAAAAAUAAAACGUUACGGGAAGAAAUAAAAAUUAGACCGUAUCUUUGAAUGAUAGGUUUUCGGACGACAUUCGUGUCUGCAGGUCGCCCUCGCACACGAGUCGCGGUUUUUCAUCUCCGUUUCGGGAUUUGAUCCCCCCUGCGCGUAAGAGAGAGCCUUUCCCUUUAGGAAUCUUAACUCCUUAAAAGAGGCUUCCCUUUAUAAGGGGGUGAAAAUCCCUUGAGUUUUUCGGUGUGGGAUAAAACACACUAGAAACUCACCAUUUUCCCAGUUUUUCCAUUUCAACGAGUGAACUUCGAGAAUCAAUUUCUCAUUCACCCGUUAUCCGUUUUGAGUGUACCAUAUAUCGAAUUGUAGCCCUUAACAAGGACAAUCCGAAACCACUUUGACCCGACCCAAAUCGGAAGUGGACCCCACUCAAAUAAUUGCCCCAAAAGGACCAUUUAAUGCAAUUUUAACACAUUUUUCCAACAAUAAGUAAGUGGGAGCUUAUAUGAUAUAACAUAAGGUUCUAAAAUAGCCUCAAUCAAUGAUCAUCAAGAAUGGGAUAUUGAUGAUAUGCGAUAAGAUUGGUAUGUGGAUUGUGAUAAGUACAUAUUACAACACGUAUUUGAUACGUGUUGGGGUUGCAUUUUGAUAGUUUUCCUAGCUUUAAGGUGUUGCAAGUCUCAAUUUUAGCUCAAGUUAUGUUUACCGGGCGUUGGUUCGAGUUUUGUGUCAUUUGGAGUCAAAAUCAGGAUUUUAGAGUUCGGCACUGGCGCUUGAGGAGAAAUCGGGAUGAGUUGAAAAGCAUUUGAUAUUGAUUUGAGAGCUAUGGAGGUCAGCGGGAGGUUUACGAUGAAGAUUUGAUGACAAAAGAGCUCUAGGAUUGGCUUCGGGAUCAAAAGAAGAUGAAUGAAGCUUGAAAACAACGAUCAGGAUGACCUUCUGUCAAUCAUUCAAGAAUAUCUCUUUGUAGAAACAACUAAUGGACAUGAUUCAAGUUGUAUAUGAAAGACAACUUCAAGGGCUAUAAAUCAUAUGAAGACACCGUUACGAGAAUAGGAGAGAAAGAAGGUUAAAACAGAUGACGAAGUCAGAUGAUCUCUGCUACGAUUUCAGAAUGACACCUUCUACCGUUUUGAUCAUAUCUCUUGAUUAGAUGAUUCAAAUCACAUUUGGCAAGUUGGGGUGGAUAUAGGACUUCAUUAUCUAAAACUUUCAUGAAGGAAGUUUUGUCCAAUUCGAACUAGAGAAAAGGCAAAAGAAUACGGACGCACGACCGUGCGUCUGGGACGCACGAUCGUGCGUAAGAGCCAAAAACGUGGAGGAGCUACUGCCUGCUACGCACGAUCGUGCGUAGCCAUGGACGCACGAUCGUGCGUAGCCCCGAGUUACGCGCGGAAAUCUCCCACAUCGACCAGAAUUGUGAUUUUUCCCAUCUUUUCUAUAAAUAAGACCUCCCUAACCCUUUUUAGUGGUCACGAACAUUACGGAGAGGCCUAGGGACGAAUUUAACACCGUUUUUAAGCUAUUUUCUUCCAGGACCCUGGGAUUAUUUGUAAGUUCAUCUUUUUAAUUAAUGACAAUUUAUUCUAUUCUUCCCAAUUCUGUUGAUUUUUCAAUUAUGAAUUGUGAGUAGUUUAAUUAGGGAUUUGGGAUUGAUGAAAGGGUUAAUCAUGAUUGAUGGCUAGAUUCUUUUCGUUUUAAUUGCAUGAAUGCCGUUUAAUUUGUGUUUGAAUAAUUUAACUGGUAUCUUUUGUAACCUGGAACCGCGGCUAUAAUUACAAUUGCACAUAGAAUAAAUUAAGAGAGAUCUAGUUUAUUCUAGGACACAUUCACACACACUUAAUCGUUUGCUAAGAGAUUAGUAGCGAUUAAGGGGCCACAAGCUCGUUCGUCUUGGCAAUAAUUUAGGAUCCUGUCGCAUGAGAGAUCAGCCUGGUCCCCUAAAUUAUUGUACUCUACGCCGCGAGAGCGGUAAGAACUUAGUAUUGAUUAGCUAGGCUCAAUUAAAUUAAUUUCAUGUAAUUAGGCCUGAUCUGCCAGAAAUCUGAUUACCCCGGAAUCAAUCCCUGUUCCCUUCGUCGUUAAUUAGAGAGAACCCAAUCUUUUAUUUUAAUCGUUCAUUCGCAUAGUUUAAUUUUAAUUCAACCAACCAAUCUCGCACGACGCAUUUAUUUUAUUUUAUUCCUUUUUUUUAUCGCUGAAUUUAAUUAAUCCUUGAUUCCCUUUUGUCCGUCCCUGUGGAGACGAUACUCGUACUUUCACCACUAUUCUACAAUCUUUUUAAGUGCGAGAAAACUCACAUCAGUUUUUGGCGCCGUUGCCGGGGACGGUGUCGGUUUUAAGGGUUAAUUAAUUUCAGCGAGAUUUUCUUUAGUUAGAUUUUUUUUAGUUUCUCGUAGGAUUUUUCUGUGCUAACCUUUCAGGUUUUCUUUCUAAGAGGCAUGGGAUGAACCCAUUAAGCUCAACUCCUGGAGGAACACCAUUCCCUCAAAUCUCCACGGGAUAUUCCUCAUAUACGCCAUGCCCAACUUACAUUCCUCUACAAUAUUACUCUCUGGCACCACAAAAUAUUCUAUCUUCCUAUUCUUACUCUCCAACCACACAACCCUUCCAAUCUCAAAAUUCCCAUCAUUAUCUAUCAUCACCACAAUUCCCUUGGACAAAACAAGGCUCCAUUCUUGAAUUUCUUCUCCAAACUAAAACUCUUGAGGAAGUGUAUCAUAUUCUACCGAAGAAUAGCAUUUGUUCCUUUUGUGGAGGAUGUCACCAUAUAACCUUUUGCCCCGUCAAACCUCCAAAUGAUCAUCCUUACUGGGCAACUGCAUACCCAACUUCUUCCUCCCCACAAUUUACGAACACAAAUGUUUCAGUCACUCCUACGUCUUUGCCGAGCUAUGAGCCACAGGAUGAAUCAGAAGAGAUAAUUUCCGAGAAGCUGUCUGACCUGGAAGAAACACUCAAGAAAUUAAUGCAAUUUCAACAACAACAAAUGCAAAGUCAACAGCAAUCGGACACAAGGAUGCAAAACAUGGAAAAUCACUUGGAUCAACUGUUUAAUGCCCAAUCUGAGGAGUCCGAGAGAUCCCAUCCUAGCGACACAGAAGCCCAAUCCGAGAAGAUCAAUGUGGAUGAUCAUAUAAGUGAGUCAGACAAUGAUGGUGGGAAUGCGAUGGAUGAUACACUUCUUGAUGAUGUUGAAGACUCACCUAUGUUUGAAGAUGAAGAAGAAGAUAAUAGUGUCAAGUUGUUUUUCGGAGAAUACAUGAAAAAGUUUGUAACGACACAAGAUGUAACAGAUGAAGUCACAAAUCACUAUGAUUUCCAUAUAGAAACUCACCAGUCGUUUGAUUUACCAUUAGUCUCAACACCUGAGGAGGGCAAGGAGAAGAUCAGUCAUGAUGAUGGUGCUACUGAGCUAGGUUUGGGUAUUGAAGAUGAGUUGGAAAAUGAUGAUCACACGUUCCAAGAGAGUGGGGGCGAGAGUAACAACACUUUCCAAGACGACAUUGAUAAGAACGGUGUUACCGAGAGUUGGGAUGCUCACAUGGGGAGUGAUAUGGAGUCCGGAGGAGAUGCAGUGAAUUUUCAGUAUAAUUGUGAGGAAGAAAAAUACUUUUCUAUGUUGCAGUUCGAGUUUGAUGUUGGUACAGAUCCUUGCAUCAAAACAUCUUUUGAGCCUGGAGUAAUCAAAUUUUUGGCUCAUGUUUUAUGUCCACUCAAGGAGGAUGUGAGGUUGAUCCUCCAGUUCUGUGCUGAUAAGUUUUUUGAAGACCAUGUGAUUCCUACAUGGUUUCGAGAGUUUAAGAAUUUGCGCCACCUAAGGGCAUUUGUUGAGAGAAAGCUGGAUACUUUGAAAAUUAAUGCCCCACUACAGUCUGUGCUAUUUGAAAGCUUACGAGGUAUCGUCGGGCAAACGACGUUAAAAAUAGCGCUUCUUGGGAGGCAACCCAAGCUUAUUUCUGCACUUUUGUUUUCUGCAUGUUUUUUGUUUUUGUUUUGUGUGUUUUUUGUGUUUCUGUGUUUGUUUUGUAGCUCAGGUCUUUUCUGGAUGAUGCGCCACAGUUUACAUUGACCCAGUUUAAUUCUGCACCAACCAGCGCCUUAGGGAAGUUCCUAUUACUCUUACUCGCAUGUGUUAAUUGUUGACUUGAGUUGAAGUUGAGCACGCGUGACCCUUUCCUCUUUACCCCUUUGUGCAUAGUGCAUUUUUGGUCAUCGAGGGCGAUGCCAAAGUUUAAGUGUGGGGGAGUGAAUUAGGCAUUCGGGCAGUAGUUGUUACAUGAGAUUUUUAGAGUUAGCAUGCGCAGGUGUUAGUUGUAUAUUCAUAGAAAAGUCAUGUCAAAAUUUUUGAAAUUUUUUCUUUAAACUAUGUCUUUGUGAGCUGCUUAGCGUUUUGACUAUGCUUUUAAAAUGUCUUUGAAGUGUUUAGGCUUAAAUUGCUUGCACUAUAAUCUAGUUGUUGAAAGGAUGAAGGCAUUAGUCACCCAUUGAAUGAAUUCAUAAAUUUUCCAUCCCACCUGAAAAAGUCCUUUAGGAGAAGCCAUUUUGAGCCUAACUAUUCCUUGUCUACCCAAUUAAUUGAGCUCCAUAGCCAAAUGGCCUGUUUUCUUACCCGUGAAUAUUUCUGACGUAGUCUUCAUGUUUAGGGAACUAGGGGGUGAAUUUUCUAAGUUUAUGGAAUUUUGUGUAGGAGCCAAUUUUGGCACUGUUCCUAUGCCCCAAAUGGGGUAAGAGCAGUCACUUUUUAGGAUCUUGAUAUUUUCGAGGAUUGCAUUGUAGGCAUGGAUUCACUUCUAAAACAAAUGAACUUUAACUGCUAUUUUUCCUUGGUGAGGCCGAGAUUAGAAUGGGGUAAUGUCUAAGUAAGAAUCCGAAAGGUGAAAAAUUAAUAUAGCUAGACCUCUUACCUUGCGAAAAAGAGAAUGGGAGCCCGGGUCAAAAAGCGUAAGUGUUUUCCACAAUAAGAUGAGACUUGGGUAUCUUUCGAAAGAAAUGGCGUUCUCGUGCCAACAUGACAAGGAAAACUAAACAUAAUUAAUAAACUUGGAGGCUAUUGAAAAUUAGCUUUAGUUCUCCGCGUACUUCAAGUAUACGUCAAAGCACCAACGUGCCGCGGCGGUUUAGCUUAGUUGUACACCAUGUCUACUCUUUGCAUAGGUUUAGAUGGUUGUUCCUAAAUUGUGGCCUACUGAGUUCCUUGAUCCUAAGAAUAGCCCUGAAGUUCCUGAAUGCAUUGAGUCUUUGUUAGAAUUUCCAAAUCUCUCAAAAGAAAGGGACUAUUUAUUACCAUCCACCAUUCACCAUCACCUUCACGAGUCCUUCUGAUCAAUAGCUAAUUUAUUUGUGUAUGCUGUCAUUACUUUAAGGAUGUUGUGAAUAAUUUUGUCAAAUAGUUAGAUUGAGUACAAAGAUGUAGUUUAGGGAAGAAUUUUCUAGGUUUAGAUUGUCUGUUCUGUGAAUAUUCCUUUAGCUACGUGUGCCUGCUAACUGUUUUGAUUCUGUGUGGUGAUUAUCGUAAGUCCCGUUGUUCUGUUUGCUUGAGGACAAGCAAAAGCUUAAGUGUGGGGGAAUCUGAUAAGUACAUAUUACAACACGCAUUUUAUGCGUGUUGGGGUUGCAUUUUGAUAGUUUUCCUAGCUUUAAGGUGUUGCAAGUCUCAAUUUUAGCUCAAGUUAUGUUUACCGGGCGUUGGUUCGAGUUUUGUGUCAUUUGGAGUCAAAAUCAGGAUUUUAGAGUUCAGCACUGGCGCUUGAGGAGAAAUUGGGAUGAGUUGAAAAGCAUUUGAUAUUGAUUUGAGAGCUAUGGAGAUCAGCGAGAGGUUUACGAUGAAGAUUUGAUGACAAAAGAGCUCUAGGAUUGGCUUCGGGAUCAAAAGAAGAUGAAUGAAGCUUGAAAAUGACGAUCAGGAUGACCUUCUGUCAAUCAUUCAAGCAUAUCUCUUUGUAGAAACAACUAAUAGACAUGAUUCAAGUUGUAUAUGAAAUAAAACUUCAAGGGCUAUAAAUCAUAUGAAGACACGGUUACGAGAAUAGGAGAGAAAGAAGGUGAAAACAGAUGACGAAGUCAGAUGAUCUCUGCUACGAUUUCAGAAUGACACCUUCCACCGUUUUGAUCAUAUCUCUUGAUUAGAUGAUUCAAAUCACAUUUGGCAAGUUGGGGUGGAUAGAGGACUUCAGUAUCUAAAACUUUCAUGAAGGAAGUUUUGUCAAAUUCGGACUAGAGAAAAGGCUGAAGAACACGGACGCACGACCGUGCAUCUGGGACGCACGAUCGUGCGUAAGAGCCAAAACCGUGGAGGAGCUACUGCCUGCUACGCACGAUCGUGCGUAGCCAUGGACGCACGAUCGUGCGUAGCCCCAAGUUACGCGCGGAAAUCUCCCACAUCGACCAGAAUUGUGAUUUUUCCCCUCUUUUCUAUAAAUAAGGCCUCCCUAACCCUUUUUAGUGGUCACGAACAUUACGGAGAGGCCUAGGGACGAAUUUAACACCGUUUUUACGCUAUUUUCUUCCAAGACCCUGGGAUUAUAUGUAAGUUCAUCUUUUUAAUUAAUGACAAUUUAUUCUAUUCUUCCCAAUUCUGUUGACUUUUCAAUUAUGAAUUGUGAGUAGUUUAAUUAGGGAUUUGGGAUUGAUGAAGGGGUUAAUCAUGAUUGAUGGCUAGAUUCUUUUCUUUUUAAUUGCAUGAAUGCCGUUUAAUUUGUGUUUGAAUAAUUUAACUGAUAUCUUUUGUAACCUGGAACCGCGGCUAGAAUUACAAUUGCACAUAGAAUAAAUUAAGAGAGAUCUAGUUUAUUCUAGGACACAUUCACACACACUUAAUCGUUUGCUAAGAGAUUAGUAGCGAUUAAGGGGCCGCAAGCUCGUUCGUCUUGGCAAUAAUUUAGGAUCCUGUCGCAUGAGAGAUCAGUCUGGUCCCCUAAAUUAUUGUACUCUACGCCGCGAGAGCGGUAAGAAUUUAGUAUUGAUUAGCUAGGCUCAAUUAAAUUAAUUUCAUGUAAUUAGGCCUGAUCUGCCAGAAAUCUGAUUACCCCAGAAUCAAUCCCUGUUCCCUUCGUCGUUAAUUAGAGAGAACCCAAUCUUUUAUUUUAAUCGUUCAUUCGCAUAGUUUAAUUUUCAUUCAACCAACCAAUCUCGCACGACGCAUUUAUUUUAUUUUAUUCCUUUUUUUUAUCGCUGAAUUUAAUUAAUCCUUGAUUCCCUUUUGUCCGUUCCUGUGGAGACGAUACUCGUACUUUCACCACUAUUCUACAAUCUUUUUAAGUGCGAGAAAACUCACAUCAGAUUGCAUCAUACUUUUAGAAAGUAUAGUUGAUCUCACAACUAUGAGUUCAUGUAAUUCAUGAUGGUCACAUAGAUAUUUUAGAGAAUAUUGGCAUACCCACCGAGAAACCAUUUGAUAAGUUCUAUUCAUGUGUCUAUGAGAUUAUCGGCGUAUAGAGUAGUGUAAUAGUCCUCCAACUUGAGGUCAAUACGUACUACAUGUGCGGAGUAAUGUACUUUGACCAUGACCAACGUUUGCACUCCAAUCGGGGUAGAUACGGCAUUUGUUGGGUGCAUCACGAAGCAUAUGGAGUAGUAGUUGAGCCAAGAAAGAAUUCAUUCCUCAUAAUAGAUUAAGAGAGAACAUUAUACUUCUCAUAUCUAGAUGGAUCAUAAAGUCAUUGGCCAAUGCAAAGAUAUAUUCGUUUUGGAUAUCGAAUAUGAUCAUUAUGGAUCAUCUAGAAAGAUUGAGAGAUAGAGACUAAGUUAUUGGAAUAGACACAAUAUCAAGUUCUAGACUUAGUUGAAUGUUCGUUGAAUGAAAGGACCGUAUCACUAUGAGCUCUAUAUUACAGGGAGUUUGAAUAGUCCUUGCAAACGUCCUUAUAUAUUAAGAUUGUCAGGUAAAUCGUCUAGGGAUUCUGUUAAGACCUUAAUUUGAUUAGUGCUUAAUAUAUAAGUCCCUAUGGGUCACACAACAAGUGAUUAUACCUUCCGAUUGAAUUGUUAGUAGGAAUUAAAUAUUAAUUGGAUUAAAUAAUAUUUAAUUUGUAAUACUGAAAUGGAUUAAAUAUUAGUUGGAUUAAACUAUAUUUAAUUCAUAAUUUUGAAGGAGAGUUCUAUUUGAUAGAAUAAAUUAAGUGUGAUAAAUUAGAUUUAUUAUACCUAAUUAAGGUGUAUUUAUUAUUAAAUAAAGUUGGUAUUUUCUUUUAUUGAUUUGGAAUUAAAAAGGAAAAUAAAAUAAACUAAAUAAUAAUAAAAACAUAUAGGGAGUGGCGUGCAGCCACUUCUCUAUUGUUAUUAUUAUUAUGUUUAUGUUUAUCCAACUUAUUUAAUUAAUAAUGAUGUAUUAGUCCUGAUAGGACUAUAACUCAUUAAUGAGUAAGACUUUGGUUGUGAUUAGGAAACUAGUUUACAACUAGUAUAAAUACACCCUACUCCUUCAUAAUUUAUAGAUCAGUUUUCAGAUUCAGUAUUACCAGUUUAUUUCCCUGCGAAGAGAUUUCCUAGCCUUUCUCUUAGGGAGAUCUAACCGUUCUUUCGUGAAGGAGAAAUCACGUGGAUACCAAAGCCAAGGAUUAUCACCGCUAGACCGGAAGAUCUGUAAGUUCUAACUCAGAUCUGUUAUUAUUAUCAUAUUCGUUAUUUUGUCAUAAUCAGGGAAGAUCUGUUUGGGAAAAUUUUAAACUUCCGCUGCCGUACUUUCGAGGUACGUUACAUCAAUUUCCUAACAGUGGUAUCAGAGCCAAACUGAUUCUAAUGACAUUAUACGAAUUUAUGAUGAAAUUUUCGUAGGUUUGAAAUAUAUAUUUCCAGAAAAUAUAUUUUUGGCCUGAUCUUAAUUUUCAAAAUUAGAUUUGUUAAGAUCCGAAAUUAGACCUUUUUUUAGGUGAGGGCUGCCGUUCUUUAGAUCACCUUCACGCCACUGUUCUAUUUUUUUAUUCGUCCGAUAGGUUUCACGCUUCAUCAAUCGGCAAGUGUAGCAGUGCUGCUGUUUUCAAUUGAUGAGCAAACCCCAUGUUUAUUGUGUGACCGUGUAGGUAGUUUGGGUGGAGCUCUUGUUUUGGUUUAUGAUUUUAGAAAUUAGAUUAAACUUUAGGAAAUUUUUAAAAUUUCCUAGAAUUCUAAAACAAAAGCUUUGCUCGGUUUUACUCAAACUGGGACUCAAAGUUUGUUAGAUUUUGGAGAUCUUUUACUAUUAUUAUUAUACUCCGUAGUUACUACUUUGUAUAAUAAUAACUACAUUAAAUUAACCCUUUUAAUUAGAUUAUUACGUAUCUUUGAGAUUACGACGGUUAAUUUUUUUGUUUUUGUUUUAAUCGAUAGUUGUGUUAUCAUUAUGGAUUGAGCAUGCUUAAUUAGUUAUUUGAAUGCUGUAUUUGUUAAUAAAUUAGAUUUAUUAUGCAUGCUUUAAUUUUAAAAGUCUGAGUUAGAUCUCGUUAACAUAUUAUUUGAUAAUAUGUUCUAGCAUCUUGAUUAAAUAGAAUAAUUUAAUAUCCCGUUAAAUGUUCCCCAUAAAUUAAAAUUUAAGUCUUAUCUAGGAUAACGACAUCACCCAUCAUAAUUAAAUUAGUAGAAAUAUUUUUUCGAUGAAGAAUAUUUCGCCCAAGUGUUUAUUCCAUCCGACAAAAUAUAGAAUUAAUUUAUAGAUACAUAUAUUUGUGAUCGUGUGAUGGUUUUGACUUACUUAAAUUAGCUUGAGUCGCCCAAGCGUCAGUGUUAAUUUAGGGAUGUCGAUCAAUUUAAAAAUUGAUCAACCAAAAGUUGCUUGGACGCAAUUGGUCUAGGGACCUACCCAUUAUAUUAUUGUAGUGAUCAGCCCAAGCUGGGACUGUAAUAGUAUGAAUGAGGAUUUUGGCCACUAUGAUUGUAUAACAUUUCAUGUUCCUUUUAUUGGGAUCAAAGAGCAUGUAAAAAUAGUGGGAGCUAAAUAAUUAAAAGUCCAUAUUAUUUAGUUAACUAGAUGUGAUCAUUGGAAUUAAUAUAUGAUUUUAAUUCCGUUCUAUUUGAACUUCUUUAGGCUUUUAGGUAUGUCGAAUUUAUCAUUGAGAAGUAUCUUGGAUAUAAAUAAUCUGAUUGAACCAAACUUUCUAGACUUGGAACAAAAUAUGCGUUUCGUUCUUAGGCAAGAAAAUAUCGAACAUGUAUUUGAUACAUGUGUACCCGAGAUCCUUGAUGUUAGCUCUUCUGAAUUAGCCAUGUUUGACAAGGACAUUCAGAAGAAUCACAUUGCUGAGGUACCAAAUGAUGUAUGUCUCUACUGCAAUGAGAUAUGACAUUGGAAGAGAGAUUGUGAGAUAUACAGGACUAAUCUAGCCAAAGCAUCGAGUUCUUCUAGCUUAGGCAUUUUUGUCAUUGAUAUUAAUAUGUCUACAACUAACUCUCACUGUUGGGUAUUAGAUACGGCUUGUGGCUCACACAUUUGCAAUAGUGUGCAAGGCCUAAAUGUCAGUAGAGCAGUUAGGCUGGGUGAGAUAGACCUACGUGUAGGAAAUGGAGCAAAAGUUGCUGCUGAACGCGUAGGGACUUAUAUAUUAGAUUUACCCAGUGGUUAUAGAUUAGAACUAAAUAAUUGUUAUUUUGUUCCUUCUAUAACAAAGAACAUAAUUUCCAUUCAUAUGUUAGACAUUGAGGGUUUUUCCUUUCAUUUUGCUAAUAACACUUGUUGUUUUUCACAAAAUGGUAUUGUGUAUGGAAAUGCUCCUCUUAUGAAUGGUUUAUAUGUUCUUAAUUGUAGACAUGACAUAUUAAAUGUACAAAAUAAAAGACCAAGGUUAAGUAAUGUGAAAAAUACCACAUAUCUUUGGCAUUGUAGGCUUGGUCAUAUUAAUGAAGCUUGAAUAGCAAGGUUAAGUAAAUUAAAUUACUUAACACCAUUUGAUUUUGAAUCAUAUGGUAAUUGCGAUUCGUGUCUCUCAGCUAAAAUGACGAGUAAAUCUUUUCUUGGAAAAGGACUACGGGCCAAAGAAGUGCUUGAAUUGGUUCACACAGAUGUGUGUGGACCAUUCCCAUCUCAAGCUAGAGGAGGUUUUUCUUACUUCAUCACGUUUACUGACGAUUUCUCUAGGUUUGGAUUUGUGUAUCUUAUGAAACACAAAUCAGAAGCUUUUGAGAAAUUCAUGGAGUAUAAGGCUGAAGUAGAGAAGCAACUUGACAAGAGUAUCAAGACUCUACGAUCUGAUCGUGGAGGGGAAUACUUGAGUAAGGAGUUUCUUGAUUACUUAAAAGGUCAGGGAAUUCAGUCACAAUGGACUCCUCCAAGAACACCUCAAUUGAAUGGUGUUUCUGAAAGGAGAAAUAGAACCUUAUUAGACAUGGUUAGGUCCAUGAUGAAUUCCACGUCUCUUCCAACAUCUCUUUGGGGGUAUGCAUUGCAAACUUCGAUAUACAUUCUGAAUAUAGUUCCAUCUAAAUCAGUGCAAAAGACACCAUAUGAGUUAUGGUGUAAUAAGAAGCAUGUUCUUUCACAUAUUAAAGUGUGGGGUUGCCCUGCUUAUGUAAAGAAUUUGCACACUGAUAAGUUAGGAGCUAGAAGUGAGAGAUGUUAUUUUGUGGGGUAUCCUAAAGAAACUAGGGGAUACUAUUUCUAUCAUCCUGAGGAACAUAAAAUCAUUAUUUCCAGACAGGCACGAUUCCUAGAAGAAGACUUGGUCUUCAAGGAAUUCAAUCGUGAGAAGAUAGUACUAGAAGAAAUUCAAGAAUCACAAAAUAACAUAGAGGAUGGAGACUUGCUAGAUGGUCAAAACAAGGAUUCAGUGGGAGGAUUAAGCGGAAGUAUGUCUCUAGGAGGAUAUCCUUCAGCUAGUGGGAGUAAUAUAGGAAGCACCUCGCACCAGCAAGUGGUUCCUAUUAGGCAUGAAAGAAAUGACAUGGUUGUCAUUCCUUCUGCACCUACUUCUCCUUCUCUGGAAACACUUAAAAGUGUAGCACCAGAAAAUUCUCCGAGCAUUGGACAGUCCAAUGAAAGAGAACCUCUUCACAAUCAGAAUGAGCAGCCUGAACAAUCGCAAAAUAUUCAACUUCGUAGGUCUACUAGGAUUCGUCAUGAACCAACUAGGUUUGGCUUCCUCAUGGAGGAUCAUGAUGAUGUUGAAAUUCCUGACAAGGAUGAACCUAAGACUUACACUGAAGCAAUAUUAGAUAUUGAUUCAGAGAGGUGGUGAGAGGCCAUGAAAUCUGAAAUGGACUCGAUGUAUAUCAAUCAAGUAUGGAACUUGGUUGACUUGCCUGUUAAGGUUAGACUCAUUGGAUAAAAAUGGGUUUUCAAGAAGAAAAUUGAUGCCGAAGGCAAGGUGCAAACAUACAAAGCUAGGCUAGUGGCUAAAGGUUAUAGUCAAAGAGAGGGAAUUGACUAUAGUGACACCUAUUCGCCAGUUGCAAAACUCAAGUCCAUUCGAAUUUUGCUUGCGAUAGCAGCAUACUAUGAUUAUGAGAUUUGGCAAAUGGAUGUCAAAACUGCUUUCCUUAAUGGAAACCUCAAGGAGGAGGUGUACAUGGUACAACCUGAAGGUUUUAUAUCCAAGUCAAAUCCCAAAUCAGUAUGUAAAUUGGAGAAAUCCAUAUAUGGGCUACAACAAGCAUCUAGGAGUUGAAAUAUUAAUUUUGAUGAAAAAGUCAAACCGUUUGACCUCAUCAAAUGAAAUGAGGAUGCUUGCGUGUUUAGAGUGCGCAACAAGGAUAUCAUGGUCUUUAUAAUCACAUAUGUUGAUCAUAGAGAAUGAUAUCCCCUCAUUGAAGUCGGUGAAAGAAUGGUCACCCAAAAUCUUCAUGAAUAUCUUUUGUCUAUGGUAGACAGAAAGAACUAGUAGAAUUUAAUUAUUCUAGCACUAGUCUCAUGUAUGAUAAGAAAGACUACGAGUCACAGCCAGUAUAUGUUUUUAGUCUCAAUGUAAUAGUAAUGCUGCAAGAGUUGCAAGUAAGAAACUAUUGUAAAUUCGAUAACUAGAGCCUAGUAAAUUGUUGCAUUUGAUGCAACAUAGGUAAGCGUUUAGAUACGUUAGUUCCUUAAGGAAAUAGAGGUAGUUCCUAGCGAUAGUUAUCCAAUAAUUGUUAUUGUGAUUGUACCGGUGCAUUUGCACGAGCUAAGGAACCAAGAUGCAAAGUAAGGAACUAGAAAAUACCUGUGUGCUAUCAUAUUUUGAGAACAAAUAGCAAGAGGAGAUGUUGCAAUAGAACACCUUCCCGUAGAGGACAAUUUGGCUGGCCCAUUCACUUUGAGAUGUGAGAAACAUACUAGACUUUUGAGAGUCUAGGUGUUAGACGCAUUGGUGAUUGGCACUAGGCCAAGUGGGAGAUUGUUAGUAUAUAUGUCCUAACGACAAUCACUUUUUAGAGAUAUAUGUACGUGAUCACAUUCAGUUUUAUAUAUUUGAUAUAAACGGUAUUACACAUCGAUGAUUAAGUAUUUCGAUUGUCAAUAUAUUAUUCAUAAUUGUGUUCCCUUGGACUUAUGUUGUCAAUAAGUAAGUGGGAGCUUAUAUGAUAUAACAUAAGGUUCUAAAAUAGCCUCAAUCAAUGAUCAUCAAGAAUGGGAUAUUGAUGAUAUGCGAUAAGAUUGGUAUGUGGAUUGCAUCAUACUUUUAGAAAGUAUAGUUGAUCUCACAACUAUGAGUUCAUGUAAUUCAUGAUGGUCACAUAGAUAUUUUAGAGAAUAUUGGCAUACCCACCGAGAAACCAUUUGAUAAGUUCUAUUCAUGUGUCUAUGAGAUUAUCGGCGUAUAGAGUUGUGUAAUAGUCCUCCGACUUGAGGUCAAUACGUACUACAUGUGCGGAGUAAUGUACUUUGACCAUGACCAACGCUUGCACUCCAAUCGGGGUAGAUACGGCAUGUGUUGGGUGCAUCACGAAGCACAUGGAGUAGUAGUUGAGCCAAGAAAGAAUUCAUUCCUCAUAAUAGAUUAAGAGAGAACAUUAUACUUCUCAUAUCUAGAUGGAUCAUAAAGUCAUUGGCCAAUGCAAAGAUAUAUUCGUUUUGGAUAUCGAAUAUGAUCAUUAUGGAUCAUCUAGAAAGAUUGAGAGAUAGAGACUAAGUUAUUGGAAUAGACACAAUAUCAAGUUCUAGACUUAGUUGAAUGUUCGUUGAAUGAAAGGACCGUAUCACUAUGAGCUCUAUAUUACAGGGAGUUUGAAUAGUCCUUGCAAACGUCCUUAUAUAUUAAGAUUGUCAGGUAAAUCGUCUAGGGAUUCUGCUAAGACCUUAAUUUGAUUAGUGCUUAAUAUAUAAGGCCCUAUGGGUCACACAACAAGUGAUUAUACCUUCCGAUUGAAUUGUUAGAAGGAAUUAAAUAUUAAUUGGAUUAAAUAAUGUUUAAUUUGUAAUACUGAAAUGGAUUAAAUAUUAGUUGGAUUAAACUAUAUUUAAUUCAUAAUGUUGAAGGAGAGUUCUAUUUGAUAGAAUAAAUUAAGUGUGAUAAAUUAGAUUUAUUAUACCUAAUUAAGGUGUAUUUAUUAUUAAAUAAAGUUGGUAUUUUCUUUUAUUGAUUUGGAAUUAAAAAGGAAAAUAAAAUAAACUAAAUAAUAAUAAAAACAUAUAGGGAGUGGCGUGCAUCCACUUCUCUAUUGUUAUUAUUAUUAUUAUGUUUAUGUUUAUCCAACUUAUUUAAUUAAUAAUGAUGUAUUAGUCCUGAUAGGACUAUAACUCAUUAAUGAGUAAGACUUUGGUUGUGAUUAGGAAACUAGUUUGCAACUAGUAUAAAUACACCCUCCUCCUUCAUAAUUUAUAGAUCAGUUUUCAGAUUCAGUAUUACCAGUUUAUUUCCCUGCGAAGAGAUUUCCUAGCCUUUCUCUUAGGGAGAUCUAACCGUUUCUUCGUGAAGGAGAAAUCACGUGGAUACCAAAGGUCAAGGAUUAUCACCGCUAGGUUGGAAGAUCUGUAAGUUCUAACUCAGAUCUGUUAUUAUUAUCAUAUUCGUUAUUUUGUCAUAAUCAGGGAAGAUCUGUUUGGGAAAAUUUUAAACUUCCGCUGCCGUACUUUCGAGGUACGUUACAUCAAUUUCCUAACAGUAUGCUGUUUAGUGCCGCACUUGUUGUUCCAUUUGAUUGGAUGAGUAUAUUUUCUUCUGUAAUUUUGUUUUUCCCAGUUGUGAUUUAGUCUGUUGGUUGAUGAUCCUGGUAGGAGCUUGAAGCACUCAGGGGAUGGUCAUGUAGUCUUGCAGCCCACUUCAAUGUCUUGAGAUUUGGAAGAUAAGUCCCCUCAGGUGUGAAGAGAAUUAAUUGUAGGUUAUUGUUAUUAUUUUUGUUAUUACUAUUAUUGUUACUAUAAAUAUUUUUAUUGUUAUCAUUAUCUCAUUCAAUGUCUUUCAUGAACAUGUGUUUUUUUCUAUUUGUGAUCUAAUAUGAGUUUUCUGCUCAUUAACAUCAUUUCUUUCUACCAACAUGAGGAAAGAGCAUCUGUGUUAAAGUUCUCUGCAUUGGAAGUCUACAAUGAAGUGUAUAGAGACUUCCUCAGCUCAGAUACUUCUCCGCUAAGACUGCUUGAUGAUCCAGAGCAAAAGUACAAUGAGUUGAAGGUGCAGGCUGAAUCUCAAGGGAAAUCGUACGACGUUGAUGAUUAUGAGCUUUUCUGCCAUGUGGUUCCCACUUAUCAAGGACGGCGGUACGGGACGGGGUCUGAAGCGGAGUCUCUGUCCGGAAGCGUUGAAUGUUCAAGCCGGCACUCGGGUCCCACCCAACAGGAGAUUGAUGCUCUUAUUCAAACACAAGUGGAAGCCCGAUUCGCGCAACAAGAGAAAGUGUGGUGAGAGCAGAUGGAGAACAUGUCCACCGCUUUUAUGUCGGUUUUGCGACAAGUCCAAACCUCUAACCCGUCUGUCACGAUGCCUAAUCUGGAAGCUUUGCAUACCCCAACUUAUGUUCCGAUGAACUGCCUCCAUGAUUCUCCUGAAGUUCGAAUGGAUGAACUGUUUUCCGUUGUUGGCCUUGUUUAAUGUUUUAUGGACAUCUUAUUAAUCAUCUUAUUAAUUUCUGUUAUGGACAUCUUCUAUUUUAUUUUUCUGCAGUAGGUUUAUGGCCAUGCCACUAUGGCAUGUUGAAACAUUGUUUUUAUUUAUGUUUAUAUUGCACAUCUCGAUCAGUUUUAUGUUACAUAUAUGGCAUGUUUUAUUUGUUCAA